CGGCUGGCUCUAUGACAAGUCACGUGAUAAAGUCGAUUUGCUGGCCCGGGUGCUACGAGACGAGGCGGAUAUUUUCAGUGUUUCUGGAUAAAAGAAGCAACGAGCAACCGACACAAUGCAUCGGACAACCCGCUUGAAGAUAACCGACAUCAACCCCCACCUCAUCUGCGUCCUCUGCGGUGGCUACUUCAUCGAUGCCGCCACCAUUAUCGAAUGCUUGCAUUCUUUCUGCAAGACGUGCAUUCUCCGGUACCUCGAGACGAGCAAGUACUGUCCCAUCUGUGACGUCAUGGUGCACAAGACCCGUCCCCAUCAAAAUAUUAGAGCCGACAAGACUCUUCAGGAUCUGGUCUACAAGUUAGUUCCGGGGCUGUACAAGGGAGAGAUGAAGCGGCGGAGGGAAUACUAUGCUAUAAGUCCAAAGAAAGAAGCGCCGAAAGCCCCGAGCGAGGCCCGAGGGGACGAGAUGGCGGAGCGGUUCAUAUACACGGCCGACGAGAACAUCAGUAUGUCACUGGCGUAUUGUCAAGAAGGAAUCCCUGAUCCCGAGGUUCUGCGGAGAAUGCGACAAGAAAAUCUGAAGAAAGGAAUCUCCAGUCCCAAGAACGGAGAGAAUCGGGACGUACGGUAUCUCCAGUGCCCAGCCGCCGUUACAGUCUCACAUCUGAAGAAAUUCAUCCGACUUAAAUACGACUUGCCACUGAAUUACCAGAUCGACAUUUUCCACACUGACGAAGCCCUGCGGGAAUAUUACACCCUGAUGGAUAUCGCCUACAUAUACACGUGGAGGAGGAGGGGCCCGUUGAGAUUAUACUACACCAUAUAUGAGCGUAAACUGAAAAGACUUCACGACCAAGCUUUGUCUGACGAAGCUGAAACCUGCUGCGAUGUGCCCACCAAAACCGCCAAGAAAAACAACUACGACAACGAAAUUGUGAACACCCCCACAAUGUUAAACAUCCCAACCAUACAAAUACAAAAAAACACUGCCGAAAGCAAAGGGAAAGAAAUAACACGUCCCAAAUCAAAUGACACACUCUGUCCUAAAGCUAAAGACACACCCUGUCUCAAAAUCCACAUGGAACCGAAGGGAAAGGUUACCACCAAUUCCAAAGAGAAAGACUCUUUGAAAACAACAGUGUCUAAAUGUCAGGCUGACAUAGUGAAAGUUGUUUCCCAGUCAACCACCAAAGAGUCUGAAACCAAAAAGCAAACGGAGAACAAGAAACCAUGCCCAGAAAUGAAAAAGACUGUUGCUGAUGCUAAAAAGGGCGCCCAUGAUGCCAAAAAGAGUCUUCAAGAAGCGAAGAAAACUUCCUUGGAGGUUAAAAAACCUUUACAGGAAGUGAGAAAGCCUUCUGAAGUUAAGAAACUUGCUAAUGAGGUUAAGAAGCAAGCGGAUGGCAAGAAACCUCAGACAGAACUUCGAAGAAUUGAACCAAAGAAAACCACCAUUGAGCUCAAGAAACCGCCGACAGACAUGAAGAAGAUGUUAAAUGAUGUGAGAAACGACAACAGGAAACAGUCGGAAACAAAGCGGCCAUCAGAACCGAAGAAACAUCAGACUAUCGAACCCAAGAAAAGCAUCGAAAAUGGCAAAGCCUCGUCUGAGGUCAGAAAGACCCACUCUGUUGGUCGUAAACAGGCCGAACCAAAGAAAUUAUCAAUGCCAAAUAUGAACGGACAUUAUACAAACGGUCACGGUGCCUACGACCUGAGUAAAGCGACCCUUGACGAAUCUGGACUUUUCAAAAUCCCCAGGAGGGAUGAACCUUUGAAUUUGGUGAAGAAAGAUAAAAACCAACCUUUGAAACUGAACGGAGGGUUUAGCCCCAGACCAGAUAUGAAUGUGGCGACAUAAACGUUUUGUGAGAUUCUUUCCAAGAUUGGAUAAUACUGUGUUUGGACCUGCCCUGAAAGGAUAUAUUUUAAGGAAUCAACGUAUUGGUGUCGAAAACCGGUGGCUUGAAUAUACUUUGAUGUGAAAGAUAUACAUGGAAUGAUAUUCUCUAUGGAUGUAUAUAUACAUAUAUAUGUCGGUGUAUUAAUUGUGCCCAAACUUGGAAUGUGCAAAGCGAUGUUCAUGUGCUGGAUCUUUACUUGUGCAAACUGAUGUAUUCUCCAGACUGCCAUCUGGCCUUUUAAUAAUGUACACUGCGGGGAGCUCUCGUGGAUUACCAAAAGUGACAUGCUGGAUGUAUAUAUAUAUUUACUUACCUAAGACUCAAGACACUGAUGGGAAGGUGUUCCUCUCCGAAGGUGACGUGUACAUACGUUGUAUUUACGGUCUAAGACUGGUUUUAAGUUAUUCUGUAGAACUUAGCGCAUCACCUAGUGCUGAGCAAGACAACUGCCAUUUUACUUGCAUUUAUAGCUAAUGCAUUAGAAGCUGUGACACAUUGUGUUGAUCAUCAAGAUUCGUGAAUAUUGGAUUACUCUCCUUGGUUGGAUUUUACCGACGAUUGUGAUUGGUUCAAACUCCUUCAUCAUUCGUCAUUGGCUUACGAGAAGUUUCAAAUUACCCGUACAUUUUGAUUGGUUGUAGGGGAAGGAGCAAUUGGUUAUUAACGAUUUUAUUCAUUUGUGAUCACAAGCAGACUAAUAACGACGGGAUAUGUCUGCUGUUAGUUUGGAUGUGUACAAAUUAAUGUAUUUGAUUACUUAGGAGAUUGUGAUAGAAAAUAAAAAUAAAUUACAUGA